UCGGACCUCAGAACCGGGCGCGAUCGAACCCCUCCCAGUCACUCGCGAACAUCAGCCAACAAUCUGCAGGAUAUGUGAGACGUUCUGAGACACGAGGACUGAUCGCGUGCACCAGAAGAUGUGUGAGGAUGUUCAGCAUCACGGAUGCGGAGAAUCACGAGUGUUUGUGUCGCAGGUUUAAACGCACGAUGAGCGCCGCCGGACGCUUUUCUCCAGAGACCCGAGGUUCGUGCUGACGGCCAUGGGGCUCCGGUGAUCGCCCCGGGCGUCGGUUCGCCGGCGUCAGGAGCAUGUCGAGCGCCCGUCAGCAUGACGCCGUUGGACCUGUGGCUUUCGCGUUCCAUCCCCAUGUGUCUUCUGCUCCACAGUCUGGUUCUGAUGGCCCUCUGCCUUCCGUCGGCCAGCACCUGUCCCAAAGGCUGCACCUGCCAGCGCUCCGAGAGCCCCCCGCACGGCCUCAACGUCACCUGUAGCCUGUCGCGCUUGAAGGAGAUCCCGCCCGACGUGCCGCCGGACACGCAGCUGCUGCAGCUGGACAGGAAUCACAUAUCGCUGGUGCCCGACCGCGUCUUUCACGGCUUGAGGAUGCUGCGGAGGCUCAAUCUGUCGCACAACGCCGUGGAGACGCUCGGGGAGGGGGCGUUCGUGGGUCUGGAGGGCUCUCUGGAGGUCCUGGACCUGUCUCACAAUCGCAUCACCAGCGUGCACAAGGACGCUUUCGUGCGGCUGAAGGCCCGCGUGCUGGUGGACAACAACCCGUGGCACUGUGAUUGCGCUCUGCAGCAGGCGCUGGGCGGCAUGGCGCACAACCACGAGGCGGCCACGCGCGUCCUCUGCCGGAGCUCCGAGCUUAGGGACCAAGAGGGCCAGCCGUUCUUGGCGGUGGACGCCGAUUUGUGCAACCUCGCCAAGCGGACCACCGACUACGCCAUGCUGGUGACCAUGUUCGGCUGGUUCGCUAUGGUCAUCUCGUACGUCGUCUAUUACGUACGGCAGAACCAGGAAGACGCCAGGCGACACCUCGAGUACCUGAAGUCCCUUCCUAGCAAACCCAAGAAGCCGGACGAACCGGAGGACAUCAGCACGGUGGUGUAAGAUGGUCAGCUGGACUUUACAGCACGCGUCUCGAUGUGGUUCGGUGUCUUCUCUUUUCCAGUGUGCUUUCUUGUGUGUAGAACAGUUCGUGAUACACGACCGGCCGAGAGAGUCGUGGCGUUUCUGUCGUCCUGUUUAAUAGCCACCGCCGGCGUGAGGACUUCCCGUUUUCUAUUCUAAUAUGUCGUACGCUUGUCAGUCGUUCGUGAGCGGUACAGGGAUGUUGAGAAAUGAAAUCUCAGGUGUUGAUAGACUCCAGUGAUUUGUAAAAACCCCACCCACGUUUUGAUGCCGCGACGUUUUGUAAGACAAACGAUAAUCCAGGCGUGUCAGAAAUGCACGUUCGCUACAAUCAUUUUACAAACCCUUUAUUAGCCGAACGCCGGCGAGGAAAGUCGUCUUACAAGUGUUAUCGUGACACCCCGCUUUAUUUGCACAUCUUUGUUGAAUGGUCACAUGAUGUCGUUCGUCAGUAAUGUUAGUCGUGACACUCGUUGUAUCCCGCGGGCUCGUGUUAGUCAGGUGUCGUGUCAUCUAAAGGACGGUUCGGAUGGCCGAUGUGUUUUAGUUCAAGAGUUUAUUACCUUCGCAUAAACUUCCACCUGUGAAACGGAGCUGUGGUGUGUAAUGAGAGCAGCUCUCUCUCUCUGUUAUAUUAUUGUGUGUACUGUAAUGUGCCGGGACGGUUAUGAGCAGAAAAUUACAGCUGUCAGUCUGUUUCUGGCCCUGGAGAACCAGAGAAGAGACGGCGGAGGAAAUGAAAAACAGAAAUGCAGGCCGCUCACACAGAUGAUGUCGUUGCACGAUCUAGUGAUCGUUUCAGAUGAUUCUUCAUGAUUUUACUGUAUUCUCCAGUUUCCUCGACAAAAAAUACCAUGUUAUUUCUGUUGUACAUGCCCGAAAUCAUAGAAUUGCAUCCAUAUCCAUAUUAUAACCAUAGUACAUGUCAUAUAAGAAAACUUGCUAUUCAUAGAUGAACGUGUUUAUUCAAGAUUAAGAGGGAACAAAUGUAAAAAAAUGUUAAAAGCUUAGUUUAAUCGACCGUCAGUCAGAGUAUAGAUGGAUCUGAUUUUCCUCCUGAUGGAACAUAUGCAAAAUGUCAUGCCAGUACCACACCACAUCAUACAGAAUAAGACCGUUGUGUGUUUUUUGUUAUUUUGUCUUCUGUGUUCAGUAAAAAGCUGUUUGACAACACAUUUAAAGACAUAUAACCAUCAGUCGUUUAAAGGGAUAGUUCACAAAAAAAUGAAAAUUCUGUCAUCGUUUACUCAACCCUCAUGUCAUUUCAUACCUGAACACAAAGAAAGAUAUUUGGAAGAAUGUUAGCCAGGUUCAUUACUGGAACAUCAUUGACUACCAGGGCUGGGAAGGUUACUUUUAAAAUGUAUUUCACUAGAUUACAAAGAACAUGCUUUAAAAAGUCAUCCGGAACGUAUUUUGUUUUGUAACUUAAUCUUAAUACUUUGGAAUACUAAUAAGGUACAUGAAACAAAGGGAUCACCAAACAGAGGACUUGGCUUUCCUCUGCUUAUUAUUUUAAACAACAUCAGUUUUACAGUUUUACAUCGUCGGACGUUAUAGUCCACAAUUGUGAGUGUAUGUCUCACAAUUCUAAGAAAAGAAGUAAAAUGGCUGAUUCAGGACAGUACUAAAUAAAACGAGCAUGCAAUUUCUAUGAACCCAGAUCCCUCGUUUUGUUAAAAUUAUUACAAUUUUGCAUAUUCGGCAAGGGAAUGAACCUUAUGAGCAGAACUGAAGCUUCUGCGGAUUGUCAGACAAUCACAGAUUCACUGUAAACCCGAAUAAACUAGUAAGUUUUGAGUUAGUUGUACUGUUGUUGACUCCUUUUAAUUUUGAACAAUUUUAAGUAAGCAAAACUAGUAAGUUUUGAGUUAGUUGUACUGUUGUUGACUCCUUUUAAUUUUGAACAAUUUUAAGUAAGCAAAACUAGUCAGUUUUGAGUUUGUUGUACUGUUGUUGACUCCUUAUAAUUUUGAACAAUUAGCAAAGUAACUUUUUUUAUUUACAGCUAAAUAAAUGAAAGGUCUUAAGACAACCUAAACAGUUCAGCUGCAUCAACAAUUAACAAACAGCCUUCACAGAGAGUGAUGCAACACACACACACGACUGCUAUUGCACCUCCCACAACCUAAGCAUAAGCACCACUCUUCUAACCCCAAAAGUCAAAAACACAACAAACUCUUCUAAAUAUCAAAGAUAAUUGAACAUUCAUCAUUAACAAGGCUUUUCCUUUCUAAAAACUCAUAAAAUAACACUUCAUUUCAAAAUUUACUUUCCUAAUGCAGUCUCACGCAAAGCAUGCUGGGAACUGAAUUUCAUUCUCAACAAAUCAUCUUGAAUUAACUUGUUGAAAUUAAGUUAAACUAACUCAAAAGUAAGAAUUAGUUACAGGAACUCAAAACAUUUAAGUUAGGAUUUUUUUUUAUAUAAAAUUAAGUUUACACUACUUAAACUGUUUAAUUUCUUUGAACAUUCGGGUUUACAGUGUUGUUGUUGACAUUAAUUGCCUGUUACAGUUUAUAUUAAUGUUUACAUGAGAUUGACAUUAAAAUUACAAGUAAUCACGUUGGUAAUCUGAAAUACUGUCAUUUGAUUACCACCCAUUUAAAAGUAACUAAUGAAAUAUUUGUAUUUUAAGUACGGAACUAAGUCACAUGUAUUUCGUUACUCCCCGGCCCUGUUCAUUACCAUAGUAGGACAAAUAAAAUGGUAGUCAAAGGUGCCCCAGAACUGUUUGUUGUCCUAAAUUCUCCAAAAUAUCAUAACAGAACAAAAAAAUGUACAAUACUUUUUUCUACUGUGGUAAUGGAUGAUGUCCCAGAACAUUCUUCUAAAUAUCAACAGAACACAGACAUUUAUAGAGGUUUGGACCAAUCUGAGGACGAUUUUCGUUUUGGGGUGAACUAUCCCUUUGAUGAUUGGUUGAUUGAUUGACAAUGUAAACGUAACAUCAGAUCAUCCUGAAGCGUAUAGAAACAUUAGAACAACAUUAAAGUGACUUGAUGGUUUGCGUACAGAAAUCCCUUUAAACGUGUGUGUGUGUGUGUGUGUGUGUGUGUGCGCGUGUGUUUGAAUGUAUUGAUGGAGUGUGUUGUAUUGUGUGUCUGCAGUUGUAUCGUGAUGUUUUUAAUGCAGAUUCACACUGAAGCAUGCUGUAGCCAAGGACACGCGGAGAGAUGUUUCUAAGUGCCUGAAAUACACAUCUAUAACUCUCUCUCUCUCAUACUUCCAGUUACUGAUCACUUUCUUUUGAACGUUCAGUCUUGCCGAGCUCGAGUCUACCUGAUCUGAAAUGAGUCUGUACUGCAGAGAAAACACAAAUGAUGUUAGUUAUGGGUAAAGGUUUCAUUGAUACGUUGUUUUAACUCUCCGUCACAUGGUUGGUGUUGAUGUUUUGACACAUGUCACUUCCACACCGUUGCAGAAAAAUCACAGAAGUAAUAGACUGAUGAAAUUUCACCAUGGUUUCACUAUAGUAACCAUAGGUUUUUAAGUUUUAUGUGUUUGAAACCAUAGUAACCACACAUUUACUAUGGACUCAUCACUAACAAAACAGGUUUAGUUCACUUUUACUCUAAUCAAACCAUGGCUCAUUGUCUCAAGGGUAAUAAUCAGCUCGGAUGAAAAAGCAGAGCAGUCUGAUGUAUGUAGCGUCAGUGUUGUUGGUGUAAUGAUGGCAACGGUAAAAAUGUUGAUUGUGUGUGUAGAGAUUCAUGCAUGGACACGCAUCAUGUGACAGAGAGACGGUACUCAACACGGCUGCAGCAUCUCUCUCUUCCCAUGUUCUUGGUAUGUUUUAUGAUAUACAUGAAACUCUCUUCUACUCCAAAAGUUAUUAACCUUGAAAAUGUUCAUUAAAGUGAUGACUAAUGGUACAGGACAGUGUAUGCGCAUGAUGUAGAGAAACUGAAAUAAAAGAUUUAUUCACUCUGUUGA